GACAGCAGCAGCUGCACGCACACUGAGUGGCUGCCUGCGCAGGCGUCGUGGAGAGCCGUGCAGCCUCCAGGGUCGGCGUUCACCUCUGCUCCCCGGAACAGCAGCUCCUCCACACACGCUGCGUGCCCUCUGCCAGCAGCCAGGCGUAAAGCUGAGGUCUGCUUCACUUUGGAGACCUGCAGACUGGGGGGGCUGUUCAGCUUGGAUGAAGACUUUGAUGAUGAGGAUGUUCUCGGGACUGAUUGGAGCGCCGGAUCCACCUCUAAGGCCGCCAGCGUUGUAGCCACAGAGCAGGAAGAAAGCCGUGGCAGUCCACCGCCGGCGUGUGAUGGGACGAUAUCGAGUACACUCAGGACUGCUGCACAAAACCCCGCUUUGGGUCUCAGACAGAUCCCCUCCACCAGCCGGGUUCUCCGACCCCCUCUGGUUUCUCCAAAUAACUCUCAGCAGGAUUUGGCAUCACAGAACCACACUAACCCCAAAAGCUUUCAGAGAUCCUCCCCAGAUCUGGAGGAUUUCGAUGACUGGGAUGUCGAUUUUGCAGACUUGGAUGAAUUUGACAGGUCGACGAAGCCGCCGCCGCCUCCUCCUCCUCCUGCAGAACCCUCAUCCUCGACCAAAACACUGCGACCGUCUGCUUUAAGGAGUAAUGCUCCUCCUGAUAGGACGUUUGGAGAGCACAGGACUUCUGGAUUGCCUGGUUCUACUGCGGCACCACGGAGCCUCCCUGCACCUUCACAUCCCCCUCAGACUCCUGCGGUUCUCCGGAGUCUCACUGGACCUUCACAUCCCCCUCAGACUCCUGCGGUUCUCCGGAGUCUCGCUGGACCUUCACAUCCCCCUCAGACUCCUGGAACUUCUCCCGCUUCCAGCAGCUUUUCCCGAAUACUUCCCAACCCUCAGCAGACGCACAAACCAUGGACAACUCCCCGCGCCUCCCCUCAGGCCCGCGGACUCUUUGAAACGGUCUCUCCUUCAGUGCCCGCCUCCCCUCACAGUCCCCACCCCCUGCACACCCCCAUCCUCACCAACCGCCUGGUCCAGCUGGUGUCCGCGUCCAGCAAGCUCCCCAAGAAGAGACCUCGCUCGGAAUCCCGCCAGCCGAGAACGCGGCGUUUUCCGGGUCCUGCAGGACUUCUGCCGCAGCAGCCUCAGGGGCAGAACCUGGACCAGAUUGUGGUUUCUGUUCCUCAGACGCCCGCUCACGGGGCGGCAGCUCGACCGCCGAGCCAGGCCUCCUGCUCGCAGACGGAGGAAGAGGAGUUCAGCGCUGGAGGCUGGGCUGCCAUGAAGGCAGAGAUGGGACUGGAUGAGAGGAACCCCUCCUGCUUCCUGCACAGCUACAGCGUGGUCAUGGUGCUCCGAAAGGCGGCGCUCAAACAGCUGGCGAGGAACAAAGUGCCAAACAUGGCCGUCCUGCUGAAGAGCAUCAUCCACACAAACGCUGACGCCAAAGCCGUGUUCAGAGACCCGACAGGAGAGAUGCAGGGAACGGUGCACCGGCGCCUCCUGGAGGAGCGAGCCGAGGAGCUGAAGGUCGGAGCCGUUCUGCUUCUCAAACAAGUGGGUGUCUUCUCCCCCUCCCACCGCAACCACUACUUGAAUGUGACGCCCAACAACCUGCUGAGGAUCUACGCCCCUGACGGAGUUGCUGCGUCUUCCACUCGGCUCCCGCCUCUGGACUUGGAGUCCCCCCCCACGCGGACCCCCUCUGUCCGCCGGGAGGCGCUGUCUCAGAUGCAGCUGGUGUUUGAUGAAGAGGAUGACGAGGGGGAGAGAGGAGCGGGGGGAUCUGCAGGCCCUCCAGCCAAAAGUCACACUGAGAUUAAGACAUCCUUCAGCUCCGGCGGAGCUCCCCAAGAGCAUGCUGGGAACGCGGUGCUGCAGGAUGGAGGCUGGGAUGCAGAUGAUGACCUGGAUGAGCUGCUGGGAGCGUUGCCUGAGGACGCCUGCAGCCUCUGACCCUUCACUGCCCCCACAGCGCCUCCUACGUCACCUUUAAAUACGUGCAAGAUGUGUUUGAAAACGUUUCUUCUUUCUGCAGAAAGUGCUAUUCAUAUCCAUAAAUGUCACUUUUCCUGAUGAAGUUUGAGAAAAAAAUGGCUGCUUAGUUUCAGAAAUCUGCGUUUUUCUUUGUAAAUACAGAGUUUAUACUUUUCUGUUUAUUGUUUUCCAUAAAAAAAAAAAUCUCUAUAAAUGUCCCAUUCUUGACGCUUUCAGUGUUUGUUACCUUUGAGGUCUUUAGAGGCAGAAUUUGCAGCUGAGGUUUCCUCUCAGCCUUCAUGAAGGCUCACAGACUGAGGAUUGAAUGAAGCGCUGGCAUCUGUCAGGGAGGAUUUGUCCUCCAACACCUCCGCUAACAAAUCAGGGUAAGCCUCUUCAUUCCAGCUGUGGUGCCGAGGCCACGGUCGAUUCAUUUAAAGUGCACACGGAGAGAAGAUGGGAUGUAAUUGUGGAGCGGGCCUUACCCUGAGUCACAGAUGAGUCAUUUAACAGUCUUCUAUGGAUCGGAAGCAUUUGCACCACUUAUGUUGGUGCAGCUUUCUACAUUAAACUGUCCAAAUGAGG